CCAUGUCAGGGCUGGACGGACAGUGCAGGUCGGCGCAGGAAAUUGCGUGGUGGUGACGGUUCGUGUGAAUGUAGGUUGUAAAAGAAGCAGUUGGUGAAGAGAAAGGCGUUACAAGGGCGAUAUUUCGUGUGUGGUUCCGUGCCAAUCGUUAUGUGAAGGAGACAUUUUUCUGUUUCUAUCCGAAGUCAAUAGACCCUUGAAUCUCAAAGAUAAAUAAUGGCUAAUAUUUCACAAAAGUUUGGUAUUCUGCUGUGGAAAGGCCUUAUUGUUAGAAAAUGUCACUGGUUCGUGACAUUACUAGAAUUGUGUGUUCCAUGUCUCUUGUUUAUUGGAUUAGCUAGUCUCAAUAGCCAUGUUGCGAAUAUCAUCAAGGGACAAAGUGAGCAGAUUUACGAGUUGGAGCCAGAAAAAAGCAUUUCUCUGAAGAAUGAUUAUGAAAAAGAAACACUCAUUCUUUACACGCCAAUUAAUAAUGUCACCAGUAAAUUGAUGAUGAUGUUUAAAACUGAUUUACUUCAGGAUGUGGCUGCAGACAUUCAAGGCGUGAGUCAUGAAUCUGAAAUGGAGAAAGUGUUUAAACAUUCUUAUCAUAAUGAUUCUCUAAGCAAACGCAUAUUGGGAGUUGUAUUUCUGGGAGAUAUGACAGAAAUCCCUCUAAAAUCAAUUAAUUAUAAGAUAAGAUCUGUUGGAUCUCCAUAUUCGUAUGCCAGUAGUAGUUUAUAUGCUGGCUUAUUUGAUGCUAUGUCUGCAGAUCAAUAUAAAAAUAAUGGUUUUUUGCUCAUCCAGUUGAAGUUGAAUCGUUGCUUCUUCAAGCUAAUUGGAAGGGAGAUGAAAUCUUCUCUUUCGUUGUUAAAAUUUCCUCAGCUUGAAAUGAAUACCAAUGAAGGCAAAAAAAUAAUUCAUGAAUUUUUGCCUCUUGCUACUAUUCUGAGCUUCAUCUUCUUGUGCCCUGGAGUGCUAAAACGUAUUGUUGAGGAGAAAAGCACUGGUGUCAAGGAAUUAAUGAAGCUCAUGGGCGUCCCCUCACUAAUUCUCUGGUUUAGUUGGUUUGCCCAUGCAAUGGGCGUAGCCAUUUUAUCAGUUACGGUUAUUACCGUUAUUGUUGUUACGCCGUUCAGUUCAACAGCUCCUGUCAUGUUAUGUUCUGGAUUUGUCUUCUGGAUUUUCAUGAUUCUGUACUGCACUGCUUCAAUUACUUUCCUGUUUGCCAUUAGUGCAUUGUUCAAGAAGCCGACGUUGGCCAUGGUGUUCGGGUUCCUUGUAUGGAUAAGCAGUGGUAUUGCCACAAAGUUUGUGAUGGACAAUCAAUUAGCGUGGUAUGACAUAGCAUUGAGUUGUUUACUACCAAAUAUUGCAGUAAGUUGGGGAUAUCAUGCUAUCUUUUCUUAUGAAGUCAAAGACCUUACCAUGUAUUUAGGGGAUGUUUUUAAUCCUGCUACUGCGAUGAGUGGUGACUUCCAUUUGUGGCAAGUAUGGGUAUUGUUUGUGGCUCAAACCGUUUUUUACUUCACUAUUGCUAUGUACCUGGAAGCUAUUUUCCCGGGAGAUUAUGGUGUUGCAAAACCGUGGUAUUUUCCAUUCAUGGUUUGUCUUAAUAAAUGUGCCAGAGUUACUCCACAAUCAGAUAUGAAAGGAGGUUCCGGUCAUGAUCCAGAAACAUUUGAACCUCUAGCAAAGUCAUUGCCCUUGGGUAUCAAAAUACGGAAAUUACAGAAAGUAUUCAAAUCUCCUUGGAAUAGAACGACGAAAGUAGCUGUAGACGAUGUGUCGUUGGACAUCUGCAAAGGACAAAUCACUGCCCUCCUGGGCCACAACGGAGCAGGGAAGAGCACCACCAUGAUGAUCCUCACCGGAAUGUUGCCACCUACUAGUGGUACUGUGGAAAUAAAUGGUUAUAAUAUUAAAUACUACAUGAGCAAAGUUCGAGAAAGUUUAGGACUUUGCCCUCAGCAUAAUUUGUUGUUUCCUGAUCUUACUGUUCGACAGCAUUUACUUUUUUUCGCUAAGCUCAAGAGUGGUCCUGAGCAAGACCCAGAAAAAGAGGUAUCCGUCUAUGCCAAGAAAUUGAAUUUGAUUUCUCACCUUGAAAAAAUUCCCAGUGAGCUCUCUGGAGGAUAUAAGAGACGUCUGUGCUUGGCUUUGGCUUUCAUUGGACAGUCUGAGACAGUCAUAUUGGAUGAGCCUACUUCUGGUCUGGAUCCAGAAGCUCGUAGAGAGAUCUGGGAUUUGCUUCUGAAUGAAGAUGAUGGCAAUGAUGAUAAUGAUAUUCUUCAGAGCAUGCGUGGGUCGCGCACUAUUCUUAUCACAACUCACAUCAUGGAAGAAGCUGAUGUUCUUGGGGAUCGCAUUGCAAUCAUGGACCAUGGCAGAGUGCAAUGUUAUGGCACUCCUAUGUAUUUGAAGAAAUUAUAUGGCACUGGCUAUGUUCUUUCGAUUUUGAAGAAAUCUUCUAGUGACCCAGACAAAAUUGAGACAGCUAUUAAGGCUGUAAUAGCAGAAGCUGAAUUGAAAACUAGUGUUGCGUCUUUGAUGACCUUCUCUCUUCCUGAUGAAAAGAGGAGCUUGUUCCCAGAGCUUUUUUCUCUUCUGCAAAGGGAACGUGUUCCGCUUGGAAUUGAAAGUGUUGGUGUGUCCAUUACAACUCUCGAGGAAGUAUUCCUAAGGGUAGGAGAAAUAGCUUUGGAAGAAAGUGGAAAGACUGAAGAUUUGACCAGUGAAUUAUCUGAAAAAUCUGAAUGCAGUUUGAAACCAUUAUCCUGUGAAAAUGUCAAAGGUACUUCUCUUUGGCUACAGCAACUACAAACUUUGUUUUGGAAGCGGAUUCUUGUGAUGAAUUUCAGUUAUUUAAUUCAGUUGGUGUUGGUGGCUUUGGUUAUUAUAUUUGUGACAACAGUAUCUCUUCAUCGAUUUGGUGGGAAGCCAAUUCCCCCAUUGCAAUUGGAUCUGUCUCUGUAUGGGAAGACGAGUGUGCUGUACACGAGUGCAGCUGGUACUUCAGAGCAGCUUAUUGCAAACUACAAAACCUCUGUGAUGAAGAGUGGAAGUACAGUUGAGCUGGUACCUCCUGGAGCAAACAUAUCUUCAACCUUACUCAAAAGAGGCUACCAAGACAAAGAAACAUAUGUCUUUAAGUACAUUGUAGCUGGUCAACUCAAUAGAACUGACAGAGAACUGGUAGCACUCUAUUCUGAAAUGGCUUUGCAUAGUUUGCCAAUAUCAGUGAAUUUAUUAGCAAAUGCACUUGUGAAAUAUGAAACAAAUGAUAGUGAAUAUAGCAUAUCUGUUGCAAAUCAUCCUUUCCAAAAAGAGGAGGCAAUAUAUUUGAGUACUUGUAAUGCUCAAUAUAUCGAUGGUGAUUUAGUGACCUUAUUGUGGAUGUCUUUGGUACCCUUGGUUUUAACAUUUUGGAUUGGGCUCUUUGUGAUUGUACCAAUGGAAGAACGUGUUUCAUCCAGUCGACAGCUGCAGUGCAUGGCGGGUGUGAAUGUACCUACUUAUUGGCUUACUCUUUAUACUUCAGAUCUGCUCUUGCAUUUGGGAUUAAGUUCAGUUUUGGUAAUUGCCAUUGGCUGUAUUGAUCAUCUAGGCGUGUUUAAUAGCUUGGAAUUGGGUCUGAUCAUGGUUAUAAUAAUGGCAAUUCUGCAUGAUUUUGGUAUAAAAGCUGUCGAUUGCUUAGAAGCAGUAAUUCGACUCGUACCAAAUUUUGCUCUAACUCAAGUUCUACAUCAGUUCAUUUAUCAAGUGAUGGAGGAAAAAGCAUGUUUGCGAACAACUAAAUUUGACUUGGAAAGGUUGUGCUCCAGUAAAGAUGUAUUCAGCAGAUAUGAAAAAUGUUGUUCAUGUGUGGGAGAUGAUUGUGGUACCACUUCAAAAUCUUACAUGAAGUCAAACCAAGACCUUCUUCUUUAUCUGAGUUUUUCAUGGAUACUGUACAUGGCGAUAGUUAUUAUUUUAGAUAUGGGUAUGUUUGAAUGGUUAUGGGAAAAAGUUCUGUCCCGAUUUGGAAGUGGAGACACUGCAGUCACAGGAAAUGAUGACGUGGAUGGUGAAGUUCAAAGGGUGGGAAAAAAUUUCAAGGAAGGUACAAAAGAUGUUACUCCUGAUUUACUUGUCAACAACUUAAAAAAGAAAUAUGGGAUCUUGCCCAAGCCUUUAGCUGUAAAAGGUGUGAGUUUUCAAGUAAAGCCCGGAGAAUGUUUUGGACUGUUGGGGGUCAAUGGAGCUGGCAAGACCACUACCUUUAAGAUGCUGACCGGAGCUGUAGUACCUACACAUGGAGUUGCUUCAAUUGCUGGAUACAGAUCUGAUGAACACAGAUCUCAGUAUCUCUCUCAGAUAGGAUAUUGCCCCCAACAUGAUGCUUUAAUUGAAAGCCUAACAGCUAAUGAAGUUCUUAAAAUGUAUGGUUCUUUAAGGGGUGUACCAAAAACAAAAUUAAAUAGUGAGGUGGAACAUUGGAUUAACAUGAUGGGGCUUAGAGAAUAUAGGAAUAAGAAAUGUGGGAUGUACAGUGGUGGAAACAAACGCAAACUAAUGACAGCAAUGGCACUAAUUGGCAAUCCACCACUGGUGUUUCUUGAUGAACCGACAAGUGGUGUGGAUCCACUGUCUCGACGCAAUUUGUGGAAUUCGCUCAUAAUGCUUCAGAAGACGGGGCAGUCUAUUGUACUUACGUCUCACAGUAUGGAGGAAUGUGAAGCGCUCUGCAACCGAUUGGGUAUAAUGGUGGGUGGCCAGUUGAAGUGUAUGGGUAAUAUUCCCUACCUCAAAAAUAAAUAUAAACAGGGCUCAACAAUAAAAAUUAAGUUGAGAGCUGGAGGCGGAGAAGAGACCAUUGAGAAAGCCAAACAGAAAAUGGAAUCGGCUUUCUCAACAAUAAUUCUCAAAGAUUCUCAUGAGACAUUUCUGCACUAUCAAGUUACUGAUCGAAAUGUAUCAUGGGGUUAUAUGUUUGAGACUAUGGAGACUUUAAAGAAGGAAUCUGAAAUUAUUGAAGAUUACACCAUAAGUGAAACAACAUUGGAAGAGGUAUUUUUAUCUUUUGCACAAACGUAAGCAAGGCUGCAUGACUACAAAAAUUACAUAUGGCAGCUAUAAUGCAGAAUGGAAUCAUACCUUAAAGACCUAAAUGGUCUCUUGCAUCAGUAUUAUGAGUGUAUUUUUGUCAUGUUAAUUAGCAAACCUUGUAACUCCGUUUCUCCUCCUCCAUUCCUCUUCACUUCAUAUUAUGUCAGUAAUAAUAGAAUAGAAUAAGAAUAGUAAUAAAUAAAAAUUAGAACUAAUAAUGCUUCUUAAACAAUUGAGUUCCCAGUAUUCAUGUGCAAAGACAAUGGGAACUAAAAUAUAGUUAGACAGGCCUGUUUUUCUGCCUGUGCCAAAUUGACCGAAAUGAAGUUCCGUGGUAUGCUAAUUAGUAUGAUGUUACGUAAAUGUUCCUCUCUUUAACUUCAAUCUCCACAAGGAGUCUAUUUAAGAAUUGCAUUAUACGUGAAAUAUUCGGCUGACAAAAGGGUGCUUUUCAGUCAACAAUAAACUGACAGCUCCUUGACAGGUGCAUCACAGGGUUUGGUAUGUGUCCAUAAAGUGUUAAUGUGAUAUUUUACACCCUUACUUUACAUCAAUUUUUUUCUCUUUUUGAUGAAUACUUUGUCUAUGGUUGCACUGCUGUCUCUUACCUAUUGAAUUUCCACCUAACAAUCUUCAUCAGUUGUGUGUGUGUGUGUAUAUAUAUAUAUAUAUAUAUAUGUAUGUAUGUAUGUGUGGCUUUUUUUAAAUUAUUAUAUUAUUUUAUUUUUUGCACAAAGUGUUGAUCAGUUACAUGCUCAGUUCCUUAACUUACAUCUUUAAAUUUUGUUCUGUAGUUCUGUCUAAAAUUCAUAUUGCAGUAAAUUUUCCAAAUAAUUAACUACAGCAUUAUUACACUUAUAAAAUUUAUGAAAGUUUUGUUAAAUUUCUAUUUUUGAAAUUGAAUGUAAUUUGAUCUUCAAGUAGUUUAUUGAAAAUAGUGAAUUAGGGCAGAACCCGGCAACCAAGCCUGAAGCGCCUCCUUUCUAGCCACUGCCAUUGGCUCUGUGGCUGCUGAAGAGCAACAAGAGUGUUUGUGUCAGGUGAUCGAAUUUGAGGCCUUUCGGAAAUGAGAAAUAUUGCGAGACUGAACAUGCUGUUAGAUUAUAGAAAACAAAGAGCUUGACCUACGUGAAGUACCUUACUACUUGCUACAAGAACAGCCGAAUCAUGACAAUUCUUAAAUAGAUAUACUAUAAAUGUAUGUGAGUAAAUAAAUGUGUAAAAUUCUUAUACAAAUAAGAAUUUAUAUAUAGCUUUGCAAAUAAAUGGUGCCUUCAACUACGAAACAUUGUGCAGUAAAACCCCGCUUUUACGAUCCCGCAUUUACAAUAUUUCUCGUCGGUCCCAUCAGUUUUCGUGUAUUCAUAAUGUUAUAAAUACCCCGCAUUUUCGAUAUGCAAGAGUGUGCGUGCCAGAGCACCGACUGGAAAAACGUCGGCAAAACGGGCACUGCGCUGCACCUCCCACCACCGUGCCACGUUAAAGACGGCCAUUACAGAAAGAUUAUGAAAUGUUGCAUGAAGACUAGAAGAUUUAAAGAUGGUGAAAAUCAUUAUUGAGCAGCUAAGCCUAUACAAAUUUUCAUUUCAUAAUAUUACAGAGGUAUUUGUUAAAAAGGUCGAAAAAAAUGACCGAUGUGCAUUGGUUGAAGAAUAUAAGGUCCGGGCCCACGAGCGUUGAGUUGAGUUAAUGCGCGACGCACACCGCUGAUGACGCCAGCUGCGUCGCUGCCUGCGUACACGAGUCGCUUAACACUGCAUCUUAUGUGAAACGACACAAGAGCGCUCUUGGCGAUGUACAUUGUUGCCCACGCUAGUCAUCUAGCGGACGUCACGCAUUGAAAGCUAGAAAACGCACUUUAUCUUGACUUACAAUGUAAUGUGAGCGUCUUGCUUCAGCUGUGGGCCCGACGCCCGUCGAUAAGAGCGCUCGUGUGCCGCAUCACUUAAGAUAGUGUUAAUUUAUGAUACGCGUUAUGUGACGAAUGCACAGUCAUCGGCAUUAGGUGACGCGCGUCAACGCAACGCUCAUGUGACAUAUCCUAAGGGAGGUAGCCUCACGAUCAUUUGUUUAUUUUACAUAAUCUUUACAGUCUACUUUCUCAUUCUAGAAUAAACGUAUUUUCCCCCAUUCUUUAAUAUCUCAAACAUGAAAGUAUGUAGUGUUCUGUACGUUUUUAACUGUAAAUUGGUUUCUCAAACCCUGUUUCUAUAAUUUUAUAAAAAAAUAAUUUAAUACUAGUUGGAAAUCAUUACAAACUGCUGAAAACAAACAUUUUAUGAGUUUGAGGAAAAUACGCUUUUUUUCUUCUUUCAGUAGAAAUACAAUUUCUCCCUUCAUCCAACAAUAGUGCAUUGUUGCAUCAUUAAAGUCUUGUGGAUGGCAGGAAUUUGUGAAAGUGACAUUGUGACAUUUAAAAUUCACUGUGCAUCGGUUAAUAUGGCUUUGAUUUUUAGUGUAAAUUUUGAUCAGAUUUCUCUUUGACCUUGUAAUUUUGUUUAGUAACUAAUACUGCAUAUUAAAGCGUAUUAUUAUCUUUAUUGAUUGAAUGUAUCUAAAUACAUCAUACUGUACUCAUAGUUUCAAUGAAAAAAAAAAAGAACAUUUACCCUUAUUUACACUUCCUGCAAUUCACACAAUUUUCCCUAGGGUCCCAUCAAAAUUGUAAAUGAGGAGUUUUACUGUGCAUGCCUUUGCUUCUCUUUUCAGUCUUUUCACUUGUUACUUAUAUGCUAGGCAAUAAAUACCAAAGAAAUUUAUUUUUUGAUGAAUUAUUGUAUAGAGAGUAAGAUUGGAUCGAUGAGAAUGUUAUUUACAACAGCUUUUAUUUAAUUUAUAGUGGUAGCUAUUAUCCAUAUGUGAUGGUUUUUAGAAUCUCUGGAAAAUAAGGACGAGGUAUUAUAUUGUGAAUGAUAUGUACACUUUAAGUUCCAUGUAGGGUUACCAGAUGCGUUCUUGUACACACUUAAUGGGUGGGCUCCUGCAUGAUAGUCAUUUUUUAUUACAGCUUUGCUUUUUAUCUCUAGGUAAAUUAAAAAGGUAAAUUAGUCCCUGUGAGAUAGGUAUUUAUUGUUUCUGCAGAGGGGUUUGUGUAACCUUGUGGCAGAACACCACAAUUUACAAGCAUUAUUGAAAUCUAAUUUUUAUUAAUGAUAACAAACAGUAACAAUAAUGAUAAAAUUGAUAAUCACUAUAAAAGAAAUAAUAAUAACAUUAUUAUUUAUAACUGAAUUUUUGGGGGUAUCUUAUACAAAUAUUUUAAACAAUUAAACACAUGACUUACCAACUACACUCCACUUUACAACAUACAAUUGCACUUCCCUUGUUUCUUAUUUUAUAUUGCACUACACUUCACCAUACAACACAAAAAUUAACAGAAUGGUUUAUUUUUUUUUUUUUUUUUUAACAUGAUGUGUUAGUAUAGAUAAUAAAUAAUUCAGGUUAGGUUAUUUAAUCUUUGAUGGGAAAUCACUUCAUUCAAGUUUUGUCAGUAAAUUUGAGGAUGAAUAUGGGUAGGAUGUCUUAGAGAUUUCUUCUCUUUCCUAGUUGAACAAUUGAAUAUAAUGUCCCAGAUAUGUGGCCAAAUAAGUGGUAAGGUUUUUGUGUAGCAUUCUUGAAUCCAAUACGUUUGCACAGGAAGUUUUUCACUAAUGAAAAGUAAAUGGACUGGUGGUAGCAUAUGUUCUGAGAUUUAAUUAACGGUGAGCUUCAGGUCUCGGUGAACUAAUGGAGUGUGAAGAACUGUAAGUUAGCAAAUAGGGAUCUCAAAAUGUAUCAGUGAGAAAUAUCAUAUGUAUUCACAUAGGAACGAACAAACAAAUUAAUUUGAUUGACCUCUAGUUAUUUCUUAAUUACUAUUAUCACAUACAUUCCAUUUCUUUCUCUUUUUUGUUUGUUUGUAAUCUGGUAACCCUAGUUACAUAUAAUGAAAUUUUGGAUAUUCUGUAUACAAUGCUUUAACAACUUUUAUUUUGAUGACACUUGUGUAGCGUUAGUCAGAUAAUUCAAGUUUUAAUUUAAAUGUGGUCCUAUGUGGAGUUGAUAACUCACUCUACAGCACUUAAUGCAUUGGAAUUACAAUAUAAGUAUUUUUAGAAUUAAUUUUCCAUAAUGACUGAAUGAUUUUUUUUCUACAGCAGCCUUAAAUUUUUGAAAUGUAUACAUUGAAUAGAAGAAAUAAGUAACUAAAGUUGGUUGAAUACAGAAAGUAGUAGGCAUUUUGUCUCAGCAAAUUUUCAGAAUUAUUGUAGAAUGUAAUGCAAAAUGUUAUGAAUUAGUUUUAUAUACAUUCUUGAAAUAAUUAAUAUGCUGUAUUAACAUUAUAUGACUGUAUACCUGUACGCCAGAGUUACGAAGUGUCUUUAAAUAUAACAGAACCAGUACGACCUUAAUUGCAUUAUAUUUUGGUAUAGUGACAAUCUUUGUUGUAUAAUGUAUGAUGCUCGCAAUUCUAAUAAUACAAUUAUAAUAUGUGCUACUAGUGCACUUAUUUUCAAACUUAUAUGUUACUGUAAAGUAGUAUGAAACUGAAGAUGAUAAUUAACAAUGUUUUCUAGCACCUAUUAUUUCACAGUUCUGUGCUUAGUGGUGUGUAUUUUUCAGUUUUCAAAUGUAAAGCAAGGAAGAAAAAUAUUUAUGGGUGAGUAAUUCUUUACACAUAUUUGUAAUACUUUAUUUUAAAUAUAGAUAUUAAUGUUGUGUAUCUAUGGACAUUUCAGUUCCAAUAAAUAAUGUGAAACAACUGCAUUUUCAAAACAUUUUAGUGUGGUUUGGGGUGUUUUGUCCGAAGCAUUCUCAGAUGAAAAAACUAUUCUCUCUCUUUGACAUCUUUUCACCCAGCUGGAAAAGCACGAAGAAGUUUGGUUUUUGUUUAUUUUUGCCCCACCUAGUGCUCAAAAUGCUUGAUGGUACAUGAAAAAAGGAAAAAAUAAAAGAGCUGUUGAUGUGGAUUGGUCAAUGUUCUGAUGGGAAGAUUCAGGGAGAGCUUUUAUGUGUUCUCCUUCCCUGGCCUCCUACCCUUUCAUUGGUCAUUUUCAUUCAUUAUCUUAUUUUGCUCUGAACACAUUCAUUGCCAAGCACAGUCUCGCGUACAUCUUGGUAUUGUUGUGGUUUUAUGCAUGAUAUGUGUCUGUGCCAUUGAUAGAUGUUGCACUUCUAAUCAUGCUAGGUCAUUGAAACUUGUACAAAUAUUUAUCUAAUAUUACAUAGAAUUAAUUAAACAUAUUUAUAUAAAUGUACAAGCACAUGUGGACUCAAGGGAACACUUUGCAACUGUUAACACCAUAAUGGUCUCUUUAUUAAUUCUGAAUAUUUUUACUGUGGCGAAAGUCUUGCUUGAAUAUGUGCAUUGUAUGGCUUAUAACUAGAGAUGAUAGAUUUUAGCAAUUGCUAAAAAUGC